CUCCAUCCUCUUCCUCCCUGCCGCCUCCAUCCUCUCCCUCCCUGCCGCCUCCAUCUCCCUCGCCCCGCUCUCCGUCUUGCCGCCCGGCGGCAGCACUGGCCGGCGACGCGAGUCCACCUGAAUCAUGGCCAAGUCUGGUGCCCGUAAGGAGGCGGCACCAGUCCGGUCAUCGGCGACCUCUCCGCCGCAGCAGCACAUCCCCGGCGCCCCGGCAAGCUCGUGCGCCAACCGCUGGCCACAGCAACUCUUCUACCCCGGCGCUCCGACGAGCUCGUCCGCCAGCCCCUCGACACCACCGUACAUGUACGUCCCUCUCAUGGAAUCCUCUGCUGCAAACCCUACGUGGAGGCCAAUGUACACCCCUGCACCUGAAGACUUGCUAAGUUUUGGACAAUUCCUUCCAAUGCAUAAUUAUAAUUUUCAACCUCCGCAAGUGCAGCAUCCUGUACAAGGGCACCAAAAUAUGGAUACCAAUCAACCGGCUGAUGGUUCCGAUGAUGAAGCUGAAGCAAGUAUCAUUGAUCCUUCCUCCCUCUACACACUAGAUCACUACCUUGUCCAGAUGGACAUGUUAGACUCAUUCGCCAAGGAGAUCGCAAUAGAAGUGAAGGAAAGCCUUGACGCUCAAGGAAGAUCAAGCAGAAGUGGUCCGAGGAUUUACGUGAACAGGCCACGUGAAGAAGCUGCUGAGCAAUUGGUACGCGACUAUUUCUGUGAUGAUCCUACCUACAAGAAGAAGGUAUUUCGUAGAAGAUUUCGGAUGAGAAGGCCCCUUUUUGAGCGUAUCAUACAUGCACUAGGAGAGUGGUCUCCAGAGUUCACGCAAAGGAAAGAUGCUCUUGACCGUGAUGGGCUAUCUCCAUUGCAGAAAUGCACAUCAGCUAUUCGCCAAUUGGCAUAUGGUACUCCCGCUGACGCUCUCGAUGAGUACCUGAAGAUUGCCGAGUGCACAUCAAUUAAGUGCUUAAAGCUGUUCGUCAAAGGCGUGAUUCAUAUAUUUGGUGAUGAGUAUAUGCGAAAACCCAAUGUCAACGAUGUGCAGCGCUUACUUGAUAUUGGAGAGAGUCGUGGGUUUCCUGGCAUGUUAGGAAGCCUCGACUGUAUGCACUGGCGUUGGGACAAAUGUCCCAUGGAGUGGAAGGGACAAUUCACCAGUGGGUAUAAAGGCGUCCCUACUCUUAUUCUAGAGGCGGUUGCUUCUCAGGAUCUUUGGAUAUGGCAUGCAUUUUUUGGUGUUGCUGGAUCCAACAAUGACAUCAACGUGCUUAAUCAGUCAACGUUGUUCCUUGAGCAACUGAAAGGGCAAGCUCCUCGAGUGAACUAUAAUGUCAACGAGAAGGAAUAUCAACUUGGUUAUUACCUUGUAGAUGGAAUAUACCCAGAGUGGGCAGCAUUCGUGAAGUCGAUACCGAUGGCUCAAACAGAAAAACAGAGGUUGUUUGCUAAACAUCAAGAAGGUGCAAGGAAGGAUGUGGAACGUGCAUUUGGUGUGCUCCAGGCGCGAUGGUCUAUUUUACUGCGCCCGGCACGUUUAUAUGACCGGGGCGAUCUCCAUCAUAUUAUGUUAGCCUGCAUCAUUCUACACAACAUGAUAGUUGAGGAUGAAAAAGAAGAGGCGGGGAAUAUGCUUGAUUUGAAUGAGGAAGCAGGCUCAUCAAUUGUUUUCCCAUCAGUAUUUACUCAUGGUGGCAUGCCAAUAUUUGCCGAGGUACUUCAAAGAGAUGCUAGAAUUCGUAAUCGUCCGAUGCAUAAGGCUCUAAAAAAUGAUUUGAUUGAGCAUAUAUGGAGAAAGUUUGGGCGACGAUAGAUUAUAUUUGAGACUUGAUCCAUGUUGGCACUUAUUAUUGAGUAACAUAGAGCAUAAGGCUCUAAACAUGUUUUAUAUAUUUUAAUUAUAUUAUAUUGGCACUUAUUAUUUA